UUUACACAAUUACACCAACCUAUUUCAAAAACAGUCGAUUUCCACUUUAUCAUGAAGAAAUAUGGAUGAUGAUCUGCAAAAGAUUUAUAUUGGAAGGUUGAGUUUAAACUCGACUGAACAAACGAUAAGAGAAUCAUUUUGUAAAUAUGGGAAUGUUAUAAAUAGUGUUGUUAUGAAAGAUAACAAACAUAAAUCUCGCGGCUUUGGUUUUGUUACCUUUGAUUGUAUAGAAACUGUGGAUAUUGCAAUGUCGGAUAGACCUCAUAAAGUGGAUAAUAAAGAAGUUGAUACCAAAAGAGCUGUUCCAAGACGACUUCAAGGUAAACCUGAUGCAUAUAUAACAGCCAGCAAAUUGUUUAUAGGCGGAAUUACGGAAAAUAUUAGUAAAAGUAUGCUAAAAGAAUACUUUGAACAAUUUGGGAAUGUUGUACUUGUGGAUAUAAAAAAAGAUUUAUUAGGUAGAUUUCGUGGCUUUGCUUUUGUCUUGUUUGAUGAUCAUGAUCCUGUUGAUAAAGCUUUAUUAUAUGAUUCUCAUAGCGUUGAUGAUUGCAAAAUAGAAAUAAGAAAAGCUUUGAACAAAAAUGAAUUAGUCUCAGUUAAUGGAAAAAUUGUAAGCCCCAUGAGAUCUAGUGAUUCACGAAAUAUACAUAACAUGAUGGGACAACAUUUUAAUUCAUUGCCAAUCACAAAUAAUGAUAUAACAACCUUUUCAGGGUUUUCAAAUUUAAACCAUGAAUUUACUCAAAUGCAAAAUAGUCAGCAACAAAGAUUUCAUCAAAAUACUUAUAUUCCAUCAAAUGAAAUAAUGUGGAAUACACAUAAUAACCAUAUAAAUGACAUGAAUUCAUCCUGUUCAAUUAAUAAAAAUUAUGAAGAAUUUAUAUAUAACUAUGGAAAUUAACUUGAUUGGUUUUUGUAAUUCCUUACAUCAUAAUACAAACCAGUUAUGUUUUUCUAAAAAUAGAAUUGUGUCAGAAACUCAAUUAAUUUAUAUAUGUUAAUUUCAAUGAAUUGUUUACAUAUCAGAUUAAUAUAGAAUCUCUAAAUUUGAAUUAUUCAUUUACAUUGUAAAUGCACACAAACUAAAAUUUAUACAAUAUCUCCAUUUAUUGUAAUUUUUAAAUAAUAUAAUUAAAAUUAUAAUUUCAUAUUAUAUUAAUCACCUUUAGAAAAAUUAUUUAUAUUCAGAUUUAUAAAAUAAAGAAAAAAUGCCAUUAAAAUUCACCACUUCAAACUAGUGCUGUAAAGUAAUGUCCUUACCUUAAAAACAUUUUUUCAUACUAUAAAUACUUUUUAAUUCAUAUCAACCACCAUUCCUUCAUUUUUAUUUUAAAUUCUCAUUGUUAAAUAUCAGUCAAAUGUUAAUCUAAUUAAUAUUCAAUCAAAAUUCAAGGUAAAUGUUAAUAGUGUAAAUAUAAUUUGUACAAUUAUAUAUUCAAAUUAUAUAACUAAAAUAAUAAGGAUACAAAAUGCUUGAUUUAUGCAUUGGGCAGGUUUUUGGACCAUAAAUACACCCUUAAAUUUUUAUUUACCCGCCCAUUAUUUAUAAAAAAUUUUAACCCAAGUCCACUAUUAUAAAAUUUAAUUAUAGCCAUUCUAUUAAUUUUUUAAGCAUCUAAUAAAAAAAUUUAAGCACUAUACUCUAUUAAAAGCAUAAAAAAAUAUGGAUAAUUUAUUUGAUUAAAUAAAAUAUUUAUGAAUAUAAAAUUUACCUUAGUUUAUAUAUAGUCAUAAAAUAUUUUUACAAGAGAAUUUUUAAUAAAAAAGAUAAGUUUGGAACAAAUAUGAAAUACAUUUUUAUUAGUUUAUAUAAAAUAAUAAAUUACUUGUAUAUACAUUAAUAUAAAAGCAUGGUAAUAAUUUAUUAAAAAGUAAGUAGAAAUAUAGAUUUUAUUCCUCUAUUAUAUAAAAUUGCUUACAAAUAACUAGGUAAAAUUCGACUUUUACAGACAUUUAACAGUUAGAGAAUAUAUUACAUUGCAUUCAAUUAUUUAACGCCAUCUAUUUAUUUUAAAUAAAAAAUGAUAUUAAAAAAUAAUCUUCAUAUUAUUUAUCUCACAAUGUCUUUAAAAGAUAUUUUCUGAUGUCCUUAUCAAUAUUUUAUAAUUUUCUGUAAAAUUCGCUAUAUUGGUAAAAAUUAUUUGAUUGUCCUAUGAUAAUUGAUAAAAUGUAAAUCAACGACAUAUA